AUGCUAAAUUAUGAAGGUAUACCAUCAAAAGGAGACUCUAUGUCUUCCUACCAGUCAAACUACUGGACCUGCACCCUUCCAAAGUCUUUGCCCCCAUCUCCAGAUAGGCACUCUCUAGACUGGAAUCCAAACAAAGAAUACCAGGCCCUGCUGGACUACACCUAUCCACUGAGACCAGAAUAUGUUGAAAAAAUGUGCACGCCCAAGAAACAAACGGAGGAAGAAAUACUCAAAGUGCAGAUUGCAAGUCGUCUGACUUUCAGAGUUUCGAAACCUCCUCAGAUGGUCGAUUCUCCAGAACCCCAAUCUCCCUUACUGAUCACGGGGAUUCGACCACAGUCCGAGUAUGUUUGUGGUGAGUUGGAUGAGGACUUCAGGCCUCUUCCACAGAAGUUUGAAGUCAUGCAACAGCUUUUUAGACAGGUAAAGGAGAUUACCGUCAAGCUGAGCCAGCCUGGGAAAACCAGCACCAGGUCUCUUGACAGCAAUACAACUCCAUUUCUAUCUACUAUCAACUUGCUGAGGAUACAGGGAGUCGAAGAGGAGGACACAGAUGAAAUCAAAGAGCCAUGUAUAGACAAACAAGAUGCAUCUGUAGGAAAUAAGGAGGAGCAGAAGAGUGCUGGUCAAAUAGCAGGUGCCUGUGGGAUAUCAGCGACACAAAGGACAAGUUUUGCUACGGGGUUAGAACCUAGUGAAGGGGGCCCGAGUCAGUCCAGUGUUAGAGAGGUGGAGAAUUUGAUGCAGAAGCUGUGUGGCCAUACCUUGUCUGACAGCCAGAGCAACAACCGGAGGGAUCAGAGCAACAGCUGCACUCUGAUGCAAAACAUUCAGAUUUUCUGUUCACACCUGGAGCUGCUCAUCCAGCAGCUGUAUGCAGUAUCACAGAAGAUUGAGCAGCUUGCUACACCAACUGUUGACAUAGAGAGUCUCAAGUCAUCUCUGGCUGAGUAUCAGAGCUUUCAUAGAGAGGUGAGCAGGCAUCAGUCAGUAACUUCCUGUGUUCUGCAUACUGGAUAUCAGCUCCUCAGCAGCAUCAACAGCAUUUCUCCAUUUUUAAGAGAUACCCUGCUGCUUAUUGAGAGACAGUCUGAUAUUCGGCAGUCCUCCACAGACCACUUUUUAUCCUCCAUCAUGUCUGCAAUGGAUACUCUGACUCAGACCACAACUCCCAGUCCAGUCGAAUAAAAACGUAAAGAAGAUCCUGUGCGGACUGAGGUUGUUGUUUACAUAUAUGAUUUCAGAAUGUAUUUAUUGAUGACUUGUUUCCAUAACAAUGUUAAAACUGUUAAAGUUUGUGACUCUUUACAUUCCUUAACACUGUUUUUUUUUCUUCUCAUCACUAACAAUUUAUAUUAUUGGUUCAGUUUGAUUAAGUUACCAUUGAAAAUAUCAGACCCUGCAGCAAGAAAAUUUGAAGCAGUUUUUCUCCAUCCUAUUUCCACCUGCUGCAGGCAUAAACAAGACAUUAACUAAUUUAAACUUUUUUUGCCUUUCUGUGCCUCUUAAUUUUUCACUUUACCCAGGGCAACAAUAUUUAAGGGCCCCAUCACCAUAACCACAGAUCACUGUAAUCUAGCAAAAUACAAAAUAAAUUACCUUAAUAUACAGCAAUAUACUCAAUACAUCAAAUUCAGUCAUUGAGUGUAUUUUGAUGUAUUUUUUGCGCUCCCACUUAGCUUCUCAGAUCAUAGGGAUUAGGAGGUUUUUCAUUAGAUACUGAGCCAGUAAUAGCGUUUCUGUGUUGAAAUGUUGAAUUUAUGGAAUUAUUCACAUUCUGGUCCAAUUUUAGUUGUGCACGUUCCUUGUGAUAUAUUUGAACGUUAACUUGUGUUAACUCAAGUGAUAUGGAUUUUACCCACAAAUCUAGUCUUAAAAAGGUCAAUUGUGGGUAAAUUCAGUGCAAUAUUAACACCACACCAAUGCAACUCACCCAGUGUGCCAUACAUUUUCAAAACAGAAAAACAAUUGAUUGAGAUACCCCAAAAGAUUAAUUAAAGUGUAAUUUAAGCAGAAAAGUGGUUAUUUUAAUCUGUUGGGGGUUUUUUUAACAAAAGAUUUUGUUGGAGUUUCAAACAAAAUCUGCCAUUUCAGUAAAUGUUGUUGAUGUAAAAUGUUGCAUGUUCCCUCUUCCACUAAUUGGUGAGGUUUUUCAUUAAGUGUUAUCGUGUAGAUUACUCUGUGUUAGGGCAUAGCUGUAUCCUGUAAUUUACUUAUAAAUCUUUCAUAACCUGACUUCUCUGCUCACAGCUGCUAUCUUGUGUUUUGUGGCUUUUUAAAAUCUGUUCUUUUUAACCAAAAAAGAAAAAGAUGGCCACUCUUCACGUCUAAUAUCCAACUCACUUUUAAAAAAAAUGAUUUUUAUAUCUGUUUAUAAGAUAUGCUUUAAAACACCAUAACUUGCCUUUCCAGUUGUUGUAUAUUUUUGCUAUUGUAUUUUUAAUAUAAACAUUCUCCCUAAAAUGUACAAUCUCCCCUGAAAGAACUCUGUGAAAAUAAAGCAAAUCCCCAUGUCAGCAUCAUUUGCUACAAAGGAGUGAAAUUUGUACUGAGGACGUGCUAGCCAAGCUUCAUGAAGGCAUGAAAAAGGCCUUGCAAACCCCAAAAAAGUUAUCUCUAACACCACAGAUGAAGCUCCUGCUAUGACAACUGAAGAAAAGGGAGCUGUAACAAGACAGAAGAAUACCAAUCCUGAUCUCCUAAUUUACUACUGCAUCAUUCAUCAAUCGGUCCUCCUGUGCCUCGCUGUCAGAAAAGCAUGCUAAC